AUGGCCGCUCUAAUCGCCGUCCUCGCCGCCGCCUUCCUCCUCCUCUUCUACUUCACCGUCAUCUCCAAGCUCUGCCGUCGCUCUCGCAACCGUCGCAGAAUCAACCGAUUUAUCGACUCCGAAACCUCUGACCCACUCUCAAGAGUUGACUCGCUGAUUCACGACCCAACUCGGCCGAACUCGUCCGCCUCAGGUCUCGACGACGCCUUUAUUCGCCAGAUCACGGUGUUUAAGUAUCGGAGAGAGGAUAAGUUAGUCGACGGCACGGAAUGCGCCGUGUGUCUCACUGAGUUCAAUGAGAAUGAGAAUCUACGGUUGAUGCCUAACUGUGAGCAUGCUUUCCAUCUGCCUUGUAUUGAUACUUGGCUUAAGACUCACUCUAAUUGCCCGCUCUGUCGGUCUACUAUGAAUUUAGCUCCGCCCCUUCGAUCCUUCUCGGGUUCGGGUCCUGCUCCCAACUCCAACACGAACUCGAACUCGAACGCGGUUGGUGUUGCGGCGUUGCGGGUUGAGAGGAGGAGUAACGACGCCGUUUUGAUGAUCCGGGAGUUGGAAGGCCGGGUUCAAGUUUUGGAGGCUACGCAAGAUGAUGAGGUAGGAAGUGGUGGGUGUGGGAAUUUUCAGGGGAGAGAAACAAAAUUAGAAAUUAAUGAUGAUAAUAAUACUAUUAGUAACAAUACAGGUAAUAAUAAUGAUAAUUCAAGAUGA